GUAGGUGGCUCCGCCUCCUCUUCGAACUUUAGCUUUGCUGGGCGCGCGGGGGAGACGGUUGGAAGCCGUGUUUUGGCCGUGUGCAGAUCGAGCCCUGGGGCAGAAAGAAAAGGUGGGGAAAGAUGAACGCUUCUGGUGACGUCACUGGCGGAACCCCCACUUUUUUCCUAAAAAAGAAACGAGCGCGGAAUUGGGUGGGGGGGCAUCUUGGUGUGCCUCGAUGUUUAACUCACGCUAAUUUCUACUUUUCGCAAAGAAAAUGGGCUUUUGGGGUGAGUAGGCGGGGUGUUUGUGGGUUUAAAAAAACCCAUAUAUGGCAAGGUGCACAUGCUUUUUGACUGUUUUACACCAGGCAGGCAGACAUUUAACCGGUGAAGCUUCCCCUCUUCGUUUUAAAGGGAAACUGCACCAGUUGAAUUUCUGCCUGCCUCGCAGAUUUUUAAGGCCGUGGAGCUUUCCCCACAGAAAGCAAUGACCUUCCUGGAAAGAAGCGCCUAAAAUCCUAUUUAUACGCAUUGGGAGGACCCAUUUCUUUCUUCUGCCAUAUCUUUGUAUGGUGGCAGUGCUGCUGUUGUGGCCUCCUUGGCCUGCCAGUUGAAGACCAGUUGCCUCAAGCACAGGGCUGGGAGUGGCAUGGGAUGGCAGUGGUGGGUCUGUGCAAAGGAUGGGCUGUUUAGCUUGGUGCGUGCCCCGUUGCAUUCUGGGACAAUGGGAUGAGGAGUCUGGUUUGGGGUCAGUGUGAUUGGCUGCAGCAGCAUAUGUCUCCCUCAACUUGCCCUACACCUUGAGGGAGAGCAAAUGGAAAGGACACUCUCCUCAGGCUUACCGUGGGAUUGGCAAGAGGAGGACCAAUGAACCGGGGUGCCUUAAAGUAGAUCUACCUCAGGAUCGCACAAUCUCUGCGAUGAGGAUGUUCAAGGAUGCUUCUUAGGUUAGCAUGACCUAGUAUGCUCAUUUUCAGAUAACACCAAACUGGGAGGGGUAGCCAAUGCCGCUGAAGAGAGAAUUGGGAUUCAAUGUGACCCUAACAGAUUGGAGAGCUGGGCCCAAACUCACAAAAUGAAUUUCAACAGGGACAAAUGACAGGUAGAACCAGCUGCACAAAUAUAAGAUGGGGGACACCUGGAGGCUGGAGCUUGCUUGUUUUCUCUUGCUCCAGAGGGUAGGACCCAAACCAACUUGGUUCAAGUUACAAGAAAGGAGAUUCCGACUCGACAUCAGGAAGAACUUUCUGAUAGUAAGAGCUGUUUUGACAGUGGGACUGUCUCCCUUGGGAGGUUGUGGACUCUCCUUCCUUGGAGGUUUUUAAGCAGGGGUUGGACUAGAUGAGCCUUGAGGUCCCUUCUAACUUGACAACUAUCCGAUUCCGUAAGGAGAGAACAAAAAUGGUCUUCCUCAGUUUAGAGUGUCAGGUUGGAGUUUGGCAUAUGUAUGCAUCUCCUUUAGGGAUUAGCAUGACUUUCCUGAAAUUGGGGGUGAUGGAGGGGAGGAGUUUAUGUAUUCCUGUGCAGUAGAUGCCUCCAUAGCAGUGCCUAUACAUAUGUUGGGGCACACUUCCAACAGGCAUCUCCUAAAGUUGGCCUGAGACAAACUCAUAACCCUCCCUUCCACUGACACCUUUUACAUAUGCUUAUCUGGCUGGCAGAGGUAUAUAGAGUCCUUCUUCAGCCAGCACUGAUAUGCCAGAGACCAGCUGUGCUUCCAGGUUUGCUUGUUGCCACACAAGACAGUAGGGGCUGAUUCUGUAUGGCAGCAAGUAUAUAUUUCCCCCGAGGGACCUGUCUAUCUUUCUGCCUGCUAACAGCUCUCAUCUCACCCUUUUCUUUUCUAGCUGAUUUUCCCUGGUAAAGGGCCAAUGGCAUCUGCCUUAGGGACCGUCGGUGUUCAGUUGCUGCGGCAGCCAGGUAACUUCACUGGGGUUAUUUGAGGGGAGACUAAGGCGUAAAGCAAAUGUGGGGAACCUUUGACCCUCCAGAUGCUGCUGAACUACAACGCCUACUAUCCCUGGCCAUUGGCUAUUCUUUCCAGGACUGAUGGGAGUUGUAGUUCAACAACAUCUGGAGGGACAAAGGUUCUCUGCUCCUGGCGCAGAGCUUUACUCUCUUUUGUCGUUUCCCGUCCCCACAGGUUGUGGGAGCUGCCUGCCCCCUUGCUCACUCACCGAUGAGGACCUGGCUGCCUAUCCUGGCUUGGCUAACCUCCUUUUGGGCCUGACCAGCCAUAUGGACUCCAGUGGGCUCAGUGUACACUUGGCACAACAAAUGGAGGAGGUAAGAGCAGGUUGUCUCAUCCAGGCUAGUCUGUGCUUCGUGACCACGGUGUUGGACAAUAAAAGCCGUCAGACUGCAAAUCCGACCUCUCGUUUUUAGGAGGGAGGGAGUCCCUUCUGGCUCUGCCGCGGUAAGAUUCUAGGGUUGAUGGCGACAGACGUUUGAGUCCUGAAAGUGGCAGGGAUUUGACAUGCCGACUCUCAGCUGUGCUGCUACGCAAAGAAUGCCCUCGUAUAAAUCUAUGGUGCAGCGGCAUUUGGAAUCCUGUCCACAGUUUUGAUCGCCUCAGGGCAGGUAAAUGAAGAAGUAUUUCUUCAUGCAGUGAAUAGUUAAAACUAUAGAACUUGCUCCCACGGGGAGGCAGUGAUGGCUAUCAACUUGGAUGGCUAUGAAAGAGGUUUAGGCAAAUUCGGGGAAGAAACAGCUACUGAUGGUUACUAGCCAUUAUGGGCAAGGCUCAGAGGCCCAGCCCCAUGAGACUUGUUUGCCCUGCCCUAUAUAGAAUUCAGGUUGCGUGAUUUGGCUUUCCUCUGAGCUGCAUUGGUCCUCUCUCCCUCCGCCAUUGCCUAAUGCAGGAUUUGUACAGCAGUGGAUGACUGUAAGAGUGUGUUUAUUUUAUUAUUAAGGAGGUAUCCUCACUGCUGUCUCUCUCUCCUCCCAUCCCCAUGGCCACACAUUUCCUUUUUCGUAGGCAAGAAAGGAACUGCAGCGGUGCCGAGGAAACUGGUUGAAAUGGGAAGUGGUCCAUCGGCUUCUGCAGGAGGCGCUAAGGGAACUGGGAACUGGCCUGUCUCCACGGGACCAAAAAGUAACGCUUGAAGGGAAACAGUGGGAAGGGGGGGGGAAUUGGAGGGUGAGUGAGGGCUGUCGGCAGGAAUCUGGAAGUAGGCAGAGAGCUUUGAGAAAGGCUGGCUAAAGCGUUUGGCAAUAAGCAUUACUGAAGAAAAAUGGUGUUGUGCUUAUAAUCGGCUUUUGAAGUGGCUUCGUGGAGCGCUCUAACAAGGCUCAGAAACAGACAGCGAGAUCUCUGUUUGUUUAAGGCAUUUACACCGUGCCCUUUAGCAAGAAAGACUCUGGUAGCUUACAGAAAUGAGUACUAAGAUGAUCUUGCCUGUCUACUAUCUAAGAAACCCGUGACAUAUGAGGAAAAUGGGAUGGGAGAGAGAGGAAAGGAGAAGCAAGCUUAAGCCCACGAGCUUAAACCUACAGUUCUUAUAAUGAAGUGAUGAAGCUUUGUCUGGGUAGAUUCUGCCCGUUUAGAGGAGCAGGUCAACUCCUGGCUGCUUCUUGUCGGGGAAAGAAACAUGGGGUGAUAAAUGGGAACAUCAAGCCUUGAACCAGUGAAAUGUGAUGGUGUUAUGCAAGCUUCAGAGAAAAGCCUUGUGUGUGUGGAAGGUCUGGCGACGCUGAUGAGGGGCUUUCAUUUCUGUUCCUCAGUUCCUUGAGGUCCUGGAGCAACAGCUUUCGGUAGCUGAGCUGAAACGGAUGCUUGAUCUUGGCCCUUCUCUGCAAGACACACAACCAUCUCUUUUGGGUUUGGAGGCCUCUGAUCUACAGGAGCUUCUUCCCCCUAACCAAGUAAGAUGGGCAUAAGCAGGAGAAUUUCCCACAAGUAGAGCUGUUGAGAGACCCAAGUGUAGAGGCCCAAUCCUUCCUUUUUAGAUCGCGUUACGAAACUUAUAAUGUACUGCUAAAAGAGGGCGUGUUAUUCCCCGAAUGGCCUUUCCCUCCUGUUCAGGAUAGGCUUAAUGUGCAUGAAGAUCAGACAUCCCUAAACUCGGCCCUCCAGAUGUUUUGGGACUCCCAUCAUCCCUAGCUAACAGGACCAGUAGUCAGGGAAGAUGGGAAUUGUAGUCAGAGCCGUCUUUCCCAUAGGGCUUAGUGGUUCGUUGCGCCAGGGCACUGGCCUCUCAGGAGCGCCCUAGCAAGUGGGGAACUGCACGGCUUUGCCAGCAGCCUCCCCUUUCCCUGCACGCCCGCCAGCUGUGCCUCGCCAGCUAUAUGGCUGGCUGGCAUGCAGCUUCCUUCCCAAGCCUCCCUCCCUCACCCCACACCCCCAGGCUCCCCUGCGGGAAGGCAGCAUCUCCCUCCCUGACCCCACACCCCCAGUCUUCCCUCUGUGAAAGUAGCAUUUAUUACUGCUUGGGAGGUGGCGGCGUCAGCAGCAAAAUGAACAUUUGGGGACGCUGGGGGGAUCUUUGUAUCCCGGCACUGCAUAUGCUAUAGACGGCCCUGAUUGUAGUCCCAAAACAUCUGGAGGGCUGAGUUUGGGGGUGCCUGGUGAAGAUUCAUCUGUAGGGCAGUGGCUAAUAUAUGAGAGAUCCUGUCCCAGGACACAGGCAGGGCCAACAUGAAACCUCCACCUCCCCCAAAAGGUGCGUUUUUAGCAGAGAAAAACAUGGCUUAACUUGCCACGUUUCCUCUCAAUAAACCCUGGGAAUCUUAGCUCUCUAAGGGAGCUCUUAGAGCCUUUGAAAAAUUAAAAAUGCUUCCAAGUGGUAUUCCCUCCCACCCCCACAAUCCAUGUUUUUAUCACCAAACUAGGUGUGAGUGAAGCUAUAUUUCAAGAAAGAAAGGCCUACUAGUCUGGAGUGGUGCAUGCUCUAGUUAUCUCCCGCUUGGACUACUGCAAUAUGCUCUACGUGGGGCUGCCUUUGAAGGUGACCCGGAAACUGCGAUUAAUCCAGAAUGCGGCAGCCAGAUUGGUGACUGGGAGUGGCCGCCAGGACCAUGUAACACCAGUCCUGAAAGACUUACAUUGGCUCCCAGUACGUUUCUGAGCACAAUUCAAAGUGUUGGUGCUGACCUUUAAAUCCCUAAACGGCCUCGGUUCAGUAUACCUGAAGGAGUGUUUCCACCCCCGUCGUUCAGCCCAGACACUGAGGUUCAGCUCCAAGGGCCUUCUGGCGGUUCCCUCCCUGCGAGAAACGAGGUUACAGGGAACCAGGCAGAGGGCCUUCUCGGUGGUGGCGCCCGCCCUGUGGAAUGCCCUCCCACCAGAUGUCAAGGAAAUAAACAACUAUCUGACCUUUAGAAGACAUCUGAAGGCAGCCCUGUUUAGGGAAGUUUUUAAUGUUUGAUAUUUUAUUGCUUUUUUAAUAUUCUAUUGGGAGCCGCCCAGAGGGGCUGGGGAAACCCAGCCAGAUAGGCAGGGUAUAAAUAAUAAACUACAGUGGUACCUCAGGUUAAGAACUUAAUUCGUUCUGGAAGUUCGUUCUUAACCUGAAACUAUUCUUAACCUGUAAUACGACUUUAGCUAAUGGGGCCUCCCACUACUGCCGCGCCACCGCCACGCGAUUUCUGUUCUCAUCCUGAAGCAAAGUUCUUAACCCGAGGUACUAUUUCUGGGUUAGCGGAGUCUGUAACCUGAAGCGUCUGUAACCUGAGGUACCACUGUAUUACUAUUAGUAUGGUCACUGCAUGAGGGGAUGCUCCUUUAGGGGCUUUUAUCUCCUCUCUCCCUGUUACUUCAGUCGACGUGGUUUGCGAGUGUUUGAUGUACAGAUCCAAUGUGCCCAACGCUACCUGAAAGCAAUCUAAAAAAAUCCCCGGCGACAGUUAAGCUCGUUCACAUUUAUAGUCCUCUCUUUUCUGCGCUUUGCCACAGGAGCUGGAGCAAAUGCGAAAACACCUCCCCGCGGAAUUGGAGAAACGCCUUAAGUCCAAAUGCCUUGCCGUACUCGGUUACUACCUCCCUGAGAGUGGUGAGAUGCUGUUCUUCCCCCCAGGCUGCCUUAGCAGGAGAGGUUCUCUCGUUCCAUCAGCUUUGCCGAGACACCGGCUCCAGCGGGCGCCUUCUGCCCUUGAGCUGUUUCUGCGCCAGCUGGUCAUUAUCGGAGGAAGCGCUGCCUGAGUUUGCUUUCCCCCUCUUCCCUCCCUGUCCCCUCUCCCUCGCGUGUCGUGUUUUCGAGUUUGUAGGCCUGUGGGCAGCAGGGACCGUUUAGUUUUAAUGGAUUGUGUACGAACUGCUCCGAGGGCCUUUUUUUGGCUGAAGAGCAGGGUACAAACACUUGAAAUACAAAUGGGGGGAGCCCCCUGCAGGUGUGUGUGGGGUGGGAACGCCCAUGACAAUUCUGGGGGAUUGAAGGGUGCUGUGUGGGUCAGGGCUGCCUGUUGACCUGACCCCUCUUCUUCUCAGAUGGCGCUGGAGAAGUUGCACGGGCAGCGAUGCUGGGGACCUUGGCAGAGUGCUUGGCUGCAGAGAAGCGGCGCCUGCGAGAAAGCCAGGCUCGGCACCAGGAACUGGUGGGGUUGCUGGAGCAGCAGAAAGCUGCCUAUCCCCAGGUAACAGCUGGAGGAGGGAAGUCUGCCAGUGUGGGCUUUAGGCGUGCCAGAAGUCUCUGUGCGCAUUUUGCCAAGAAAAAUGUGCAAAUAAGGAAGAAAGGGGUAUAUAUUCACUCAGCUUGCACAGUUUAAAACACUGUGUGUGUGUGUGUGUGUGUGUGUGUGUGUGUGUGUAAUGGGGAGAAUAAAAUUGAUAACAUAGUUAAAAACAAUAUUUUGCAAUGAAAUUUCUCCCACCUCUCAUUUGUGCUCACCCUCUCUCAAAAUUUGCUCCUGAAGGACAGGGGACCCCUUAGGACAUGUUUUGGGAGACAUGGGGAGAGGAGAGGAAAGCAAAGUCUUGUUGUGUAAGUGGAGCACCUUGUUAAAAAAAAAAUCAGAAUGUUUCAACGAGUCCAAUCUUUUUUCUGAGCAUUCCAAAAAUGUUGGAGACAACCGACUGCUUUGAUUUUUUUAAAGUGCAAAAUACCCUGUUUCUCUUGAAUAAUUAGUAACCAGGUAAAUAGUAAAUAACCUGGAAAUAAAUGUGUUGCUAGCCCUACAGCAAAUCUUUAAAAUGAAUCAAUGCCUCUGCCAGAUAACAUUGCGCUUUAUCAUUGCCUAAAUAUGCAUAUUUACACCUUGUAUAUCAAACAGAGUCACUUCAUUUUUGGCUGAUGAAAACAAGCUGGACUUUUCGUUCAGACUUCGCUUCUGCCUGUAUACAUCAUGACUUAAGUUAGGUCCAUUAAUUUCAAUGCUCUGAUCAGGGUUUAGUCCAACACAGCCCUAUGUUUUUAAAGCUUCGUAAGUUGCUGAGAAAGUCUUAACGUAGCAAGCAACUGAUUAAUCGAUUAAGCACUAAUUUCACUCUCCCAUGUGCCGCAGGUCUUAUUACGCUGCUUGGCCAUCCUGAAACGCUUGGCCCGUGAGCUCCGCCUUAAUGCUCAGUCUGAACUCGACUAUUUCAGCACCCAGUACCUGGAGACCAAGUGCAAUGCCAUGUUCUUCAAGAUACGGUGAGGCCUUACCUGUGUCUCCCCCUGCUCCUGACCAGGAUCCUGAAGCUGCCCAGGAGCAAUGGAGCAGUAUAGAUUUGGACCAGUGGUUUGCUGAGGGGCAUAGUUCAGAAGACAAAAGUUGGGACGUACUGGGGGGUGAACAGCAAAGAGAGAGUCUGAGCUAACAGACUCUCUCUCACUGGAAAGUGUCCAGCCUAUCAGUCCAAGGUCAUGUAGAGCAGAUAAGGUGGCCACACAAAAAGCACAGUGGUUGCAAGAUCAGGUUGCAAGGCAUAGAAGUGACAAGGGGGAAAGUGGGUGAAAACCUUAAUUGGGAGCACCUUCGCUCCGAGAAUGGCUGCUUUGUUCUUUUGCUGUGAUCAUUAAAGACUCUUUAAAUGGUAAGCGAAUCUUUUCGCUUUGUCCUGCUUAUCUACGGCCAAAGCCUGACACCCUUCUGUUGAUAAGGUUUAUUCCUCAGCACAAGUAAGCUAUGCUGACUUCAAUCCCUGGUGGCAUCUCUGGGUAGGGUGCGGGGAGAACCCUGUCUGAAAAUCCUGGAACGCCACUGCCGGUCAGUGCAGACAAUAUGGAGCCUGAUUGACCGAUGGUCUGACUCGGUGUAAGGCAACUGCCUAUGCUCACCCAGAUCAGAUCUGUCUGAUGAAUAUGGUUUAGUGAUCUGCCUUGUAUCCAACCUGGGCUGUCUGUCAUAGGGUAGCAAGUCAUUAUGUCCCUAAAGGUCAUAAUGGGAGGUUUUCUGUAGUUCCCAAGAGAGAAUUAGAAUCCAGGAGACGCUUUGCAACUUUGGUUUGCGCAUAACGUCGGUCGUACUCGCAGCAGACCCUUUGAAACAACGGGACGUGACUGACUCGGAUUUGUUAAUUUGAGCAGGCCUUUUGCGAGUAUACAGUCGGAUACAGCUGAGCGGUUAGGAGUGUUGUGGUCAUUUGUGAGUGAGGGACAGAGCUGUACAUGGGAGGCGUUAUAGGAAGUGGACUCUAGUGUCUGUCAAUCCUGCUCCUCCAAAUAAUUCUGUCUGCCACAGGCUCGAGGAGCUGAGCAUCCUUUUGGAAACCUACACGCCUGAGAAAGUGGAUGUGCAUCGGAUGAUGAGGUAAGCGUGUGUGUGUGUGUGUGUGUGUGUGUGUGUGUUGAGGCGGCCAGUCUUUAUUUAUGUCCGUAAAGCUAAACACAGAGACUCCCGUGGGUCCCACUGCUGUGGCAGGUGUGAAUACAGAUAGCAGCUGGAAGGUGAUUACCAGCAAAUGGUGUUUUGUUGGCAGGCAUCUCCCUUUUAUUUAUUUUUUUAAAAAAAUCUCUGAGGUACCCUAAGCCACGAUGAGUUGUGCUGCAGAGCUUUUGCUGACUUCGCAUCUGCACUAGAGGAUAAUGCCAAGAUCUUAUUGAAUCAUGGAAUUGUAGAGUCGGAAGGGACCUCGGGGGCCAUCUAGUCCAACCCCCGGCAGUGCAGGAAACUUGCUUGUUUGUGGUCUCUGUCCAGCCCUACAUAGAGAAUUGGAGAAGUGGGACCAGCAACAAAAAUGUUGCUGUUCAGGAUUCCAUCUGAUCCAGUCCAUUCUUCCUCCUGGCUGGCUUUCUGUUCAUUCUCUUUCUUCCUCCAUACGCUACCUCUCAAGGUCAGCCGGCACUCUGAGCAUUCUUAGUCUUCAUUCUAGUUGGGGGUUUUUUUUGUACACCGUGGGGUUCCCCAGGCCUGCCAAUACGUCUCAUUUCUGUGUGUGUGUGGUGCCAUUUUUGGCUUUGUCAAAAGCAAUAGCACUCACAGCCUGAGUACCAUAAUAAUAAUAAUAAUAAUAAUAAUAAUAAUAAUAAAUUUUUAUUUAUAUCCCGCCCUCCCCAGCCGAAGCCGGGCUCAGGGCGGCUAACAACAAUAAAAUAAUACAGUAAUUAAAUAAUUAUGUUUCUAUCCCUCCUUAUCUCCAAGGAGUUUAAGGUGGUGUACCUCCCCAUUUUAUCUUCACAGCAACCCUGUGAGGCAGGCUAGGCUGAGAAGGUAGUCUUUGCAGGUACCCUGGUGUCCACGGGCGCUGGGUUGGCAACCCCUGCUCUAACCAAUAUGUCAUACCAGAAAUAUAAGGAAUGAUAUUUGUUCUUGAGGCUUGGAAAGCACAAAGAGAGAACGCUGAAGAGGCUCCUUUCAGCUACCUAUGGAGAUAGGAAGUACCUUCUCAGUAACACGACUCUACUCUGACUUUUUUCCGGACGGACAGGAACGGAUUGUGGAAAGAAGCUGGGUUUUGGGUAGCUGCUAGGAGGCUGGAAAAGUGUGUCUCUGGCAUAGAUUUUGCAAAAGCUCGUCCAACACGCUAGUCUUUCAUUCUUCGUUUUUUCUAGGGACAAACUGCAGGCGGCACUAAGCCAAGAGGAGCAAGACCUGGCCACUUCUCGCAAGAUCGUCUCCAACUAUGAGACACUGGGCCCAGAAUUCGAAGAACUGGUGAAGGAAUAUGCCCGGCUGCAAGCCAUCAUUGAAAACAGGCGCUGGGCCCUGAGAGAAUUCAGCAAAGACUGAGGCCUUGUUUGGGCACGAACUGGUUGAAUAUUGCUCCGUUUAGUGUGUAACGACUGUUUUGUACAAUAAAGUAUGGAGGAAAGGCUGGCUGGCUUCACAUGUCUUUGUUAAAAGGUAAAGGGACCCCUGACCAUU